UUUAAGUGGGGUGAUUUGUGGUGAUAUGUCACAUGUGCUUAUUUUAAAAUAAACCAAACCAAAACAUUUUAUCAGUAAUCUAUGAAUAGGAGCGAAAAGGUGACUCUUACGUUUUUCUCGUCCGUUCAUGAAUCUAGAAAAAAAUGAAGAGCAAAAAUGGAAAGGUGUUACUUUCAAGAACUCGAGUUGACAGUUUUAGUUCUAUAAACGAAAAACCAGUGGACGAUAUUUCCCUUCAAUUUUUCUACAAUCCUCACACAAUUACGUUACUUUUGAUCUCAAUAGGAGCUGUAAUUUAUUUUGCUUUUGUCAGGGAUACUGACAACGUGGAGAAUAAUAUUUGGGCUGGAAUAUUAUGUUGCUGCUUCUUUUUCCUUAUUGUAUCAGUUCUGGCAUUCCCAAAUGGACCAUUCACACGACCACAUCCAGCAUUAUGGAGGAUGGUGUUUGGUAUGAGCGUUUUAUACUUACUAGGCUGUCUGUUCAUUCUUUUCCAAAAUUAUCAGACCGUGAAAAGCAUUUUGGUCUGGUUUGACCCAAAAUUAAAAGAGUUCCAUAUUAACAUGGACAAAGAAUAUGGAGUGAAUUGCUCAGAUAUAACAUUAGAGAGAAUUUGGGGUCACGUGGAUGUUUUUGCCCUCGGGCAUUUUCUGGGAUGGUUAUUUAAAGCUAUUCUGAUAAGACACAUGGGAAUCUUGUGGGCUAUUAGCUGUAUGUGGGAGAUUACGGAACUUGCAUUCGCCCAUUUGCUACCAAAUUUCAUAGAAUGUUGGUGGGAUGCUUUAAUAUUAGAUGUUCUUAUCUGUAACGGAUUAGGUAUCUGGUGUGGAUUAAAAAUCUGUCAGAUGUUGGAAAUGCGAGAAUACAAAUGGGUAGGAAUAAAAGAUAUUCAUUCAACAACUGGCAAAAUUAAACGUGCCAUGCUCCAGUUCACGCCUGAAAGUUGGACCUCAGUAAGGUGGCUUGAUCCGAAGUGUUCUUACAUGAGGAUUUUUGCUCUCUGUCAGUUAGUGCUAUUUUGGCAAACUUCUGAGUUAAAUACUUUUUUCCUCAAGCAUGUCUUUGAACUACCUGCUUCUCACCCUCUAGUCACAGCUCGAUUAAUACUAAUAGGUGUUAUUGUAGCUCCCUCUGUUAGGCAAUAUUAUUGCUAUACAACUGACACUACCUGCAAAAGAGUAGGUACCCAGUGUUGGGUAUAUGGCUGCAUAAUGGUGUCGGAAGCACUGAUUUGUAUAAAACAUGGGCAAGAGCUUUUUGGACGUACUCAAGCAGUUAAUAUAGUUGUUUGGUUAAUCAUACAAUUUAUAAUAUCUUUAAUAUGUGUCAUAGGUUGUGUAAUGCUCCAGAGAUAUUAUCCUGAAUCUCUUCCUUCGAGGGAUAUAAGUCCCGUAAAAACUAAAAGUAAGAUAAAAUUUGAAAUGGAAAAUUCAAAUUCAAAAUCUGACUAGAAUAAUUUUUUUCAUUACGUUUUUUGUACAUUGUCUUGUUUUGUUCUAGCUGGUAUGACUAAUCAUACUAGCAGGAAGUUAUUUACGUAUAAUGAUGAGAAUGUGAUUUAUUAAAUGAAUUAACUAUUAUGACCAAAAAAAAAAAGAAUAAAUUGCUCGAACAAGUACAAUCAUUUUGAGUAUUGUUUGUUCUCAUUACGAUUCCAAGUGUGUUGUAUUUUCAGUAGAUAAUUCAAGAGUUACUUAUGUUACCAAAGAUAUUACUUAAAAUAAACACUUUUAUGUAA